AAAAGCAUUAUUACCAAAUACACAACAGCAAUAAACUAAAACCGCACAAUGAAGAGAUUUUUAGUUGUGUUUGUGGCAUUAUUCGGAGCCGCUGUGGCCCAGACGAGUUUCAAGUGCCCCGAUGAUUUCGGCUUCUAUCCACACGAUACAUCCUGCGACAAAUACUGGAAGUGCGACAAUGGCGUCUCCGAGCUGAAGACCUGCGGCAAUGGUCUGGCCUUCGAUGCCUCAGACUCCAAGUUCCUCACCGAGAACUGCGACUAUCUGCACAAUGUGGAUUGCGGUGAACGCACAGAGUUGGAGCCUCCAAUCACCACGCCUCACUGCUCGCGUCUGUACGGCAUUUUCCCCGAUGAGAACAAGUGCGACGUGUUCUGGAACUGCUGGAACGGCGAGCCAUCCAGGUACCAGUGCUCACCCGGCCUGGCCUACGAUCGCGAUGCACGCGUCUGCAUGUGGGCCGAUCAGGUGCCCGAGUGCAGGAACGAAGAGGUUGCCAAUGGCUUCUCCUGCCCAGCUGCUGGUGAGCUGGCUAAUACUGGCUCCUUCUCCCGUCACGCACAUCCCGAGGACUGCCGCAAGUACUACAUUUGCCUGGAGGGCGUGGCACGCGAGUAUGGCUGCCCCAUUGGCACAGUGUUCAAGAUUGGCGACAGCGAUGGCACUGGCAACUGCGAGGAUCCCGAGGAUGUUCCCGGCUGCGAAGACUACUAUGGUGAUCUGGACUUGAAGAGCAUCCGCAAAAGCGAGCUUCUAGCUGGAUUGAACACUGAAGGUCGCACUAAGAACGCGCCCAAAACCAAAGCUGCCACCUCAUAAACAUAACAACAACAAAUAUAAGAACUAAAACAACAACAACAGCAACUACAAUACUAUAACAACAGAAAAGAAACAACUACAACAAUAUCAACUCGAAUCCUUUGCCCAACUACUUUCCCACUACUCUCACAUCACAAAGUCUCACCUCUAACAAGAAUCGACAAGUGAAAAAAUAAUACUCAACCAGCCUUAAGAUCAAGCUCUAUUUCAUUAUCAGCUCAAUCUCCUAUCCUAAACGUUUCUAAUUAUCUUUUACCUAUCCAUAAAUCCAACUGUUGAUAUCCUCAACUCUUCCAAAUUGCAAACACAAUUUUGAAAACUUAUGAAGUUUAGGUCCAAAAGGCUAAAAAGACAAAUUCGUAAUCAAAUGUGCGAAACACACAAGAUAAAAUGAGUGUAAACAACAUCGAGGAGGGAGAAAAAUCUUUCAAAUUGCAGAGUAAAAUUGAGAGAUUUGUACAUUUAAGUGAUCUUUGUUUAUAAGCUUAUAAUUUUAUUUUAUACAUAAAACAAAAAAUACACAAAAACUAAAAAAAAAAACUUCAAA